CUGGGGAUUCUACUUGGGAACUAGAAAGGAGCACUUUACUGUUUCAUCCAAAAAGAGCUGAGAGCAAAACUCUGAACGGCUGUUUUUGUCUCUUUUUUUUUUCUUUCUUUUCAAACGUGGAGCCGCUUGCAGAACACACACAUUUCCCCCUCGGAGUCUGUCAGAAGCUCAUGCGUAAAAGCACUCGCUCUCCAAAGGGGCUUUACGCACGGCUGGCUAAAUCUCCUCGCCGGAGCAGAGAAUCACUUUCGCUGUUUUUCUGAUUUUUUUUUUUUUCUCCUUCUUUCAGUUGAAAGACUUUGAGCAGCGUCUCCUGGCAAGUCAACCGCACAUUUAGAGGCUUUUUCUCCCCGCAGAGCGCACAACUAUCUUGCCCUUUUCACGCGUAAUUUGGCACCAACCCGUUUUUCGUAUGAAUCUCCUCGACCCCUACCUGAAGAUGACGGAGGAACAAGACAAGUGUCUCUCUGACGCCCCAAGCCCGAGCAUGUCCGAGGACUCUGCGGGCUCUCCGUGCCCGUCCGGCUCGGGCUCCGACACCGAGAACACCCGGCCGUCGGAGAACGGCUUGCUCAGGGCGGACGGAGCGCUGGGAGACUUCAAGAAGGACGAGGACGAUAAGUUUCCCGUUUGCAUCCGCGAGGCGGUGUCCCAGGUGCUCAAGGGCUACGACUGGACCCUCGUGCCCAUGCCGGUGCGCGUUAACGGAUCUAGUAAGAACAAACCUCACGUCAAGAGGCCGAUGAACGCCUUCAUGGUUUGGGCUCAGGCUGCGCGGAGGAAGCUGGCGGAUCAAUACCCGCAUCUCCACAACGCGGAGCUGAGCAAAACACUGGGCAAGCUCUGGAGACUUCUCAACGAGGGCGAGAAGCGGCCGUUCGUGGAGGAGGCCGAGCGGCUCCGCGUGCAGCACAAGAAGGACCAUCCGGACUACAAGUACCAGCCGCGGCGGAGGAAGUCGGUGAAGAACGGGCAGAGCGAGGCGGAGGACGGCAGCGAGCAGACGCACAUCUCCCCCAACGCCAUCUUCAAAGCUCUCCAGCAGGCGGACUCUCCAGCCUCCAGCAUGGGAGAGGUGCACUCUCCCGGAGAGCACUCAGGCUCCCAGGGUCCUCCCACCCCACCCACCACACCGAAGACAGAUGUCACCUCUGGCAAAAUGGACCUAAAGCGUGAAGGUGGCAUCCGCCCACUUCCAGACGGCCCCAGCGGGCGCCAGCUCAACAUCGACUUCCGUGACGUGGACAUCGGCGAGCUGAGCAGCGACGUCAUCUCCCACAUCGAGACGUUCGACGUGAAUGAGUUUGACCAGUACCUCCCGCCGAACGGGCACCCGGGCGCCGGCAGCGGGCCCGGCGGCGCCACGCCAGUCACCUACACCGGCAGCUACAGCAUCAGCAGCGGCGCGGCGGUCAGCCCGCAGGCAGGGGGCGCCACCGGCUGGAUGGCUAAGGGCCAGAACCAGAACCAGAGCCAGCCGGGACAGCAGCAGCACACCCUGACCACCCUGGGGAGCGGUGGCGGCGGUGGCUCGGAGGCGGGCCAGGCACAGCAGAGGACCCACAUCAAGACGGAGCAGCUGAGCCCGAGCCACUACAGCGAGCAGCAGGGCUCGCCGCAGCACGUCGCCUACGGCUCCUUCAGCCUGCAGCACUACAGCCCCUCCUCCUACCCCUCCAUCUCCAGGGCGCAGUACGACUACUCCGACCACCAGGGCGGCACCGCGGCCUCCUACUACAGCCACGCAGGGGCGGGGCAGGGCUCGGGGCUCUACUCUACCUUCAGCUACAUGGGCAGCCCCGGGCAGAGGCCGAUGUACACGCCCAUCGCCGACAACUCGGGGGUGCCCUCCAUCCCCCAAAGCAGCCCGCAGCACUGGGAGCAGGCUCCGGUUUACACCCAGCUCACCAGACCCUGAGGGCCGCCGGGGUGCACGUGCAAAAACAACAAAAAAAAAAAC